AUGGCGGCGCCCUACACAGCGCCGGCGGACGGCGGCGGUCGGAGGGCGCCGCUCUGCGCAUGCUCCGCCCGAGCCCGGUGCGUGCUGGGAGUUGUAGUCUCGGCGGGGCUCGGGCGGUCCCACCGCAAGUUCUCUGCUCCCAGGCAUGGCCACCUGGGCUUCCUCCCCCACAAGAGAAGCCGCCGCCACCGAGGGAAGGUGAAGACGUGGCCUAAGGAUGAUCCCAGCAAACCGGUCCACCUGACAGCUUUCCUGGGCUACAAAGCUGGCAUGACGCAUACCCUGCGGGAGGUGCACAGGCCCGGGCUCAAGGUCUCCAAGAGGGAGGAGGUGGAGGCUGUGACCAUCAUUGAGACCCCCCCGAUGGUGGUGGUGGGAGUCGUGGGAUAUGUAGAAACACCAAAGGGCUUGAGGAAUUUCAAGACUGUUUUUGCUGAGCACAUCAGCGAUGAGUGCAGACGGCGUUUCUACAAGAACUGGCACAAGAGCAAGAAGAAGGCUUUCACCAAGUACUGCAAAAAAUGGCAGGAUGAGGAUGGCAAAAAACAGCUGGAGAAGGAUUUUACAGCUAUGAAAAAGUACUGCAAGGUCAUUCGUGUCAUUGUGCACACGCAGAUGAAGCUGCUCCCCCUGCGGCAGAAGAAGGCCCAUGUGAUGGAGAUCCAGCUGAAUGGUGGGACAGUGGCUGACAAGGUCGACUGGGUCCGUGAGAGGCUGGAGAAGCAGGUCUCCGUGCACAGCGUCUUCAGCCAGAAUGAGAUGAUUGAUGUCAUUGGCGUGACCAAGGGGCAUGGGAUGAAAGGGGUGACGAGCCGAUGGCACUCCAAGAAGCUCCCCAGGAAGACACACAAGGGCUUACGUAAAGUUGCCUGCAUCGGAGCCUGGCACCCAGCCCGGGUUGGCUACUCCAUUGCUCGUGCUGGCCAGAAGGGCUACCACCACCGCACGGAGCUCAACAAGAAGAUUUACCGCAUUGGCCAUGGGAUCCAUGUGGAAGAUGGCAAAGUGGUGAAGAACAAUGCCUCAACGAACUACGAUGUCACAGAAAAGACCAUUACACCUCUGGGCGGCUUUCCCCACUAUGGGGAGGUCAACAACGACUUCCUCAUGCUGAAGGGCUGCGUCGUGGGCACCAAGAAGCGUGUGCUCACCCUCCGGAAGUCCCUUCUGGUGCAUACCAGCCGGCGGGCUCAGGAAGCCAUUGAACUCAAAUUCAUUGAUACCACGUCCAAGUUUGGCCACGGCUGCUUCCAGACAGCUCAGGAGAAGCGGGCUUUCAUGGGCCCUCAGAAGAAACACUUGGUGAAAGGGAAGCCAGGUGUGCAAGAAGAGUCAUAA